AAUCAAACAAUACUCUAGGGCUUUUGUUGACUAAUCGUAUGUAGUCCCGAGUAAUCGGGUCGACCCGUUGAAUGACCCGGUUUCAUCUAUCGGCAUCCAAUACCAAUAUACCAUCAUCGUUACGAUUCACAAGCAGCAUCUCCAUUUUUUUUGUUGCCCUCUGCAAGCCCUAGAGCUCAGAUCCGACGCACGAUAUCGAAGCCGAUCGCCAUGGAGCAUACCACUCGAAGAAGUCAAGGCGGCCUCUUUGAAGGUCUAUACAGGCUGAUUAUGCGCCGCAACUCCAUCUACGUCACCUUCGUCAUCGCCGGAGCUUUCGCCGGUGAACGGGCUGUGGAUUAUGGAGUUCGUAAGAUUUGGGAACACAACAAUGUUGGGACAACUUUCCAACCACUGGAGGCAACUAUUAGGCCGAAGGAAACUCAACUCAUGAACCCCUCAACUUAUGAACCUUGACUGCAUUACCUGAAACGUUAUGAAGACAUUCCAGUUUUAGGGCAAAGGCAAUCAGAGGAGUGAGUUGAACUCCUUUUUCUUGCCAUUUUGAAGUUUCAUAUUGAAGAUUCGGAGCAAGCAUUUAUGUAGUGUAGCAAGUUUUGCAAUAAAGUGUAAUUUGUUUGGAUGCACCAGGCUUGUUUCUAAACCAUGGUUUCCUUCAACUGUGCCUUCUGGAAUUAUUAAACAAGCAUAAACUCUGUAUGGAUAACAAUGAUUUGGCUGAUAACACUGUGUUCUUCAUUUUGAAUUUCUAAUUAGAUCUCUUCCUCGUU